AUGCCUGUCCCUCUCAUACGUGCUUUGGUUCGCAUCCAAUCUAACGGUGCGGUCGAGCGCGUGAAUGGCCAUAAAGACUCCGCGGCCACCACACGACCUACCAGUCCCCCAGUGAUGGAGGAGCGUAAUCGCCACCACCAGCCAUACCAGUCAACAGCCAAUGGCCAUAAGCCCAAUGAGACCGCGACCUCAAUGUCUGGUAGAAGUAGUUCACGUGCCUCCUGUGCCACACCUGUCAGUGCUCACAGCGCCAGUAGUCGCUGCGCUACACCUGUUAAGAGCUACAGAUCCACAACACCUGCGCCGGUAGCCAAUGGCGUCGACACCACCGCCAGAAACACAGUAAUCGUCGACAGAAACAGUAGUGCAACGACUGGCGAUCCGAUGGCGAAGUCCAAGACAUCGAUGACCACAUCCACUGAUAAUAAGUCCGUCAUUGAGUCGGAUCUUAACGCUGCUGUGAAUUCUGUGUCCAAACAAAACGGACACCAAAUGCGAGCAUCUGUUAUACAAAAGCCUCCGUCGCCGGCACCGGUAGCCGUGAAACCGGACGCCAGUGUCGACCAGACAAGUGACUCCAACUCCAGUACUCUGACACGUCGGGGACGGCUCACCACCGAAGACCUGCUGAUUAUCAUUCAUAACUCGAAGAAGAAGCACAACAUUAAGACGGAACCGGAGAUAAUCGUCAACAGCCCGCCCUCCAGCCGUUCCCACUCAUCCAACAGCAACAGCCCGCCCUCGGCCUACCAGCCCGUGAUUCAGCGAACGUCCGGCCGUUCACUAACCCCUAGUCGUGUACCGCAAUCGCCGGUCAGCACCAGCCCUCCCGACCGGCGCUCGUGGAACGGCUCGGAAACGGGCAGUCCGUCCGUCACACAGGCGGGUGAGCGCCGAUCCCUGGCCUCCGACCGCAUGGGACCCACAAAACCGACGACUAUGACUGACUUCAAGCGCCUCCUAUCGCAGACCCGGUCCCAGACGUUCAACUCGGACCGACUGUCCGCUCAGGAGAUACUUCGGGCCAACUCUAAGCGACCGCUCACUCCUGUCAUCAAAUGUAUCACCAGUUUUGUGGGCGGCGGCAAUAAAACACGAGUCACACCAUCGCCAGCACCUACACCCACGUCCUUACUGACCCCCAACAAGCCGUCCCGUAUGUCGCCGGCGCCCUCGCCCGGCCCACCGCCGCAGAUAAUGAACGGUGCAAUCAAUGCCAAUACGCCUAAUCUGGUCAAACCGCGUAUCAUUAACGGUCGUACCGGUGCUCACCAUAGGCACCAUCACCACAACCUACCCGCCUAUCGUAUGGUU